AUGAUCGUGGACGGGCACGCCGAGCUGGAGAUCCUGUACGAGUGCUGGCUGAGCAUCCUGGCCAACGUGUCGCCCUUCGUGAAGGCCGUCGGCAUGGUGACCUCCAACAAGCUCAUGCACCUCUUCAAGCUCCUCUCCCGGCCCCGCUUCCUCUUCGCCAACGAACGAAACCACCGCUACAUCUUCUUCCUCCUCAACGUCUUCAACAACUUCAUCCAGUACCAGUACGAGGGCAACUACCAGCUGAUCUACGCCAUGAUCCGCUACCGCGAGGGAUUCUCGAGCCUCGCCCGCAUCGACCUCUCCGCCCUCCAGCCCAAGACUGCUGCUGCCGCCGCCACGGCCCCUGCUGCCCCGCUGGCCGCCGUAACCGAUGGCACCUCCAUGGAGGCCUCGGGCGAGCUGCAGGCCGCCCAGGAGAAGAUGGCGGAGCUCAACAUCUCCAAGGAGCUGCAGCCGAUCGAGGAGCAGUCGCCCGCCGCCGCUACGACCGCCGUGCCCGGCGCCAGCGUCUUCCCGCGCGAGCACGAUACUCAGCCGCCCGCCGUCGUGCCCGCUGAGACCGUCACCACCCCGGCCCCGUCCAACGAAGAAGUCUCCUCGGCGAUGACCACCCCCGCGCCCGAGGCUGCGGCCGCCGCCGACAGCGCCGACGGCGCCCCGGCCACCACCGUGCAGCCCGCCGCUGGCGCCGACGGCGCGUUCGUGCCGACCGCCGAGUGGAUCGAGUCGUGGCGCGCGUCGCUGCCGAUCGUGCCCAUCAUCCGGCUGCUGGCGGCGAUCGUGCCGCAGAUCCCGGCGCUUGUGUCGGGCUCCUCGGCGGACGAGGCCCAGAUCCUGGAGUACCUCCGCAACACCACCCUCGUGGGCUUGCUGCCCGUGCCCCACCCGAUCCUCCUCAGGAGGUACCAGUCCAAUGCCGUGGCCAAGAUGUGGUUCACCACUUUCAUGUGGGGUGUGAUCUACCUGCGAAACGUGAACCCGCCCCUGUUCUACGCCACCCGCGUCAAGCUCAUCACCGUCAAGAUGGUGGACACGCCAGCCCCCUGA